AGCGCUGGCGGAAGUCCAGAAGGAGACUGAGAAGCAUACGUUAUGUUUGGGUGUUAGCGGUUAUCCUGACAUACUAAUUGUCACGACGAUAAAACAAAGAAAUAAUCAAACAAAGUGGAACUUUGAGAUGAGCGCUGCUGCUCAGAGGAGGAAACAGGGGACAACACAAAGUCAUCGAGUGUCCCGACACAGCACCAGGACCAGCAGGAUCGCAUACGCCACCAGGGCAGCCCUCACCCGAAGGCAGGCUACUGCCCCGCCCACAGAAACCAUCAUUGUGAUGGACAACACUGAGGACAGUGAGGAGGUUGUGGAUCUGACCUGUGAUGGCUUAGAACUGGUGGAUGAAGGUCGUCAGAGCCAGAGAACCAGCAGGACAGAGAGUUGUUACGUAGUGAGCAGUGACGUCAAUGACGAUGAUGAUGAUGAUGCUCCUGUUGUCCUCAGUGAAGCUGCAUUGUCCACCCUCCGGGAGAACAGCAGAACCAGAGUGACUCCAGGAACAGUCAGCUGCCCCGUCUGUAUGGACACCUACACUGAGAUUGUGGACAGUGGCCGGCUGGUUGUUUCAACAAAAUGUGGACACAUUUUCUGCAGCAAGUGCCUGAGAGACGCACUGCGCCAGUCGCACACCUGUCCUAUGUGUAGAAAGACCCUGACCCACCGCCAGUACCACCCCAUUUACCUCUGAGACGCAUCUGGAGCGGGCUCCACCUUUCACAUUGUUGCUGAAACUAAAUUUCUUGUUGCUCAUUUCUUUUUAAGUUCUCUGUUUUGUUUUUGCUGUUGCUAAUUCAUGUUGAAAUAAAGUUGAAUGAAUUAUUUCUA